CACUAACACACACACACUUAGUGGGCUUUGCUUGGGAAUCUCCGCCUCUGGGCCAUGUGAAUAGCUGGGAAAGUAGGCUGAGCCCUAUUGAGUGAGUGGGACUGUACAAGAGACAAAGUUAACAGAGUGCAGCAAAACUCCAGCGAGGAAUCGACGAUACAGAGUCUUGCAUGAAGAUGUCCAACACAGUGAUUUCUGGUGCAGUUGGGGCACUACGAGCCGCUGCUCUGUCUAUAUCUCGCCAUCGCUUGCCCUUGCUCUGUGCUGCUGGCCUUGGGCUCACGGCUGUGGCUUCCUGGAUGUGGUGGCGGAAACGACAAGGUGAAGAUGAGGAACUGCAACAGGUUGGCACCGUGUCUCAGCUCCUGAUCUACCCCGUGAAGUCCUGCCGGGCCGUGCCUGUGCAGGAGGCUGAAUGUUCUACUCUAGGUCUGAAGAGCGGGCAACUUGAGGACAGGCAUUGGCUGGUAGUGACGGAGGAGGGGAACAUGGUGACCGGCAGACAGGAGCCUAGGAUAGUCCUCAUCUCAGCAACUUUUAGUGGUAACACUCUGUGCCUUAAUGGUCCAGGAAUGCAGGAGGUUCAGAUUGCAUUGCCACUGCCCAAGACUAAUCGGGUGCUCGACUGCAGGGUAUUUGGACUCGACAUUCAGGGUAGAGACUCUGGCGAGCAGGUUUCUGAAUGGCUAACCAACUAUUUCCAGAGCAGCCAACCCUACCACUUAGUUCAUUUUGAGGCUGACGCCAUGCGACCAAGAAAGUCCAAGAAGGUGGAAAAGUUGUUCAGAGAUAAAGACGUCAUCGCUUACCCUGAUGCUAGUCCCAUCAUGCUCUUAUCUGAGACCUCCCUGGAGGCGCUCAACACUCGCCUCGAGGAGCCAGUCUCAUUGGCAAACUUCCGACCUUGCAUUGUGACAUCAGGGUGCGAGGCCUUCGCGGAGGAUGGCUGGGAUGAUGUGAGGCUCGGCACCACCAGGCUGAAGAGAGUGAUGGCUUGUGGCCGUUGUGUCUUGACCACUGUGAACCCCGACAGCGGAGUUAUAACCCGCAAGGAGCCACUGGACACCCUGAGAACCUUUCGGCAAAGCGAUCCAUCCUUGAAGCACCUGUACAAUAACUCUCCUCUCUUUGGCCAGUAUUAUGGUGUGGAACAGACCGGCAUGAUCCGAGUGGGUGAUCCAGUGUAUCGUGUCACCAGGAAGGGACAAAACUGAAACGGUUCCUUACAGACAACAUACCCAAGGAAUGGAAUAAGGAAAACUUGACCUACAGACAACAUACCCAAGGAAUGGAAUAAGGAAAACUUGACCUACAGACAAUGUACCCAAGGAAUAGAAUAAGGAAACCUUAACCUAAAAACAACGUACCCAAGGAAUAGAAUAAGGAAAACUUGACCUACAGACAACAUAUCCAAGGAAUGGAAUAAGGAAAACUUGACCUACAGACAAUGUACCCAAGGAAUAGAAUAAGGAAACCUUAACCUAAAAACAACGUACCCAAGGAAUGGAAUAAGGAAAACUUGACCUACAGACAACAUACCCAAGGAAUGGAAUAAGGAAAACUUGACCUACAGACAACAUACCCAAGGAAUGGAAUAAGGAAAACUUGACCUACAGACAACAUACCCAAGGAAUGGAAUAAGGAAACCUUAACCUACGUGACCGUGGUAGCUAACGGUUACAGGCUGUUGGUCUAACAAGGCCAACAGCCUGCAAAGGACCCAUAACCCUAACAACCAGACUAAGCAUUUAAAACAAUGAAAAAGUUAAACUCGUUGGCAAAGCUUCUUUGAUUUAUUCUCAAUAUAAUUCCUACUUACUAUGAACUGCUUCUAUCUAUGGCACUCUACUAUACGAGGCUUCACUACCAUUACAGCUUGCAUCUCAGCAUCGUAUUCCUUUAAGGCCUUCCAAUAACUAAUCUCAGCAAUCAGCCACAAAUGAAAAUUCCAUCUGCCAAUGUCUGGCUGUGAAUGGGGCAUUGGCAGGUGAGGAAGUAGUGGAGCCAUUGCUUCCUGCUGUCUUUCCUGCCAUUGGCCUGAAUGCAUGGAACAGUAUGAAGGUGGCCAUCUGUGUAUAGACCCAUGUACGGUAAAUGGUCCUAGAGCGAGAGCAGCCCACAAAUACAAGGCUGAAUGUCUAAGGAACACUUUACCAAUGGUGCCCCUUAGACCAGCCUACAGAACUGCACAAUACUGGAUCUUCCUGGAAACUCCAUAAAAAUGACUUGUGAUAUUAAUUUGUUUCUUUUCAACUGUUUAAUCCUUAAACUGGGCACACAUCAGAGAUUAAUGUCAAUAAAUCAGUUACUAAUGAA